GAGGCUGAAUCCAGCUUCUGAAGAAUAAGAAAAAAAGAAUUGUCCUCUGUGAUCAUGAUCAUGUUUCCCUCACAACACUUUCAUUUUCAGUUUGACUGUCAGCCUCGACACCAUGUAACAUUAAAAUACGCAUCACUUUCUCGUUCAAUUAUCAGUUUUAGAAGGUCCUGUGUUAGAACAAAAUGCGGGCUUUUAUGCUAAUCGUUGCUUUUUCUGAAAUCAUCCUUGGUGCAGACGAACAUGCAUUUCAGCAGUUCAUCGAGUGCUCCUUUAACAAUGAAGGUCAAGUUGAUCGUUUAUGGAAAUAUGGGUAUGAUGGCAAAGACAUGAUGCAUAUUGAUUUGGUAAACCAGGCUGUUGUUGCUACCAGUGAACCUGGUGAACGUUUAGCAGAGGAGAGACAAAGCAAAGAAUACAUAAAGAGAAAAGAAGAUAAACUAAAGAUGGUGUGCUCUGCUGUGAAAACCGUUUUCCUGCUGUCCAACAACUCUCUGGCCAAGGCAGUAAAACCAGCCGUGUUUCUGUCUUCUGGUGGAAAGAAAGAAGAAGAAUAUCUUAAAUGUGCUGCGCAUGGCUUCUAUCCAAAUGUCAUUCGAGUGCGUUGGAGCCAGACAGGAAGACCGAUUUAUUAUGGUGUAUCAACAACCGGAAUACUCCCUCACAGAGAUGGCAGAUUCCAGAUAACCUCCUAUCUCAGCCUCGGUAACAUUAGUGCCAAUGGAGUUACCUGUGAGAUUGAACACAUAAGCAUCAAUGAGAAACUGAGGAGAACUUAUGAGAAGAAAUCAUGGUUUCUGUCAGCAUUCACAGAACCUGUAUUUUUGGCAGCGGUUGUCUUUUUGCUCGGAUUUGUAUUAUCAGCAUGUCUAACUCUAUUAGUUAGUUGGAUAUGGGAACGCAAAAGAAAACCACAUCAAGAUGACUCCCAUAACACAAGUUCUGAUUCAGAUACAUCUCUGAAUUUGAUGAAUGUCUCACAGGAAACAGGAAGGCCAGUCUGAGUUUGAGUGUGGACCAAAUAUUAUUUAACUUAACUUUAUUUAACUUGUAAAAUCUCUUUUAAAAGUAUACACAUAAUGUUGUAGUCUGUAUAAUUCUAAUAUUCUAAUAAGCAUAACAUUGUUAUGGGAUAAUAAUUGAGAUCCUGAGCUAAUGUCUUCUAAAUUUCCAAAUUGUAAUAAUUUACUCAAAAUAAACUGUUUAUAACACGGACUGUAGUGAACUGUAAUUCAUUUUUUCUUGUUUUUACAUUUUCUGAAUGUAUUGCAAAUAGGUUUAUAAUUUAUUUAACACCGCAGUCACAGCUGUGCCAUAUAAUAUAAGUCUAUGUGAUUAGAAUAAAAGUUAAUUUUGGCAACUCUUAAAUACCUCAAGUUAAGCUAUCAACCUUAACUAUUAAUUAAAUAUAAAAUGAUUAAAUGAAAAAUGCAGUUACG